UUUACGUAGUACCAUCACCACCACGGAGCCGAGUCAGACUGUCCGACACUAGCAUCCUGUAUUAUGGAGAAAGCCAUCGCACUAAAGCCAUGGAAACGUCUUCUAACGAACAGAUCAGUGUUUCUAACUUUGAUUUUCAUUGUAAGCCAGACGUGUUGGAUAAACGCAGAUGACGGGGGCAUGGAGGAACUCGCCACUGAGAAGGAGGCUGAGGAAAGUCAUCGUCAGGACAGCGUUAAUUUGCUCACAUUUAUUUUGCUACUGACACUGACCAUUUUAACCAUAUGGCUUUUCAAGCACAGAAGAGUCCGUUUCCUCCAUGAAACUGGUUUGGCUAUGAUAUAUGGUUUGCUGGUGGGUGUGAUCCUGCGCUACGGCAUCCCUUCCACCAGCUACCACAACAAGACGCCCCCUAGCUGCACACUGCGAGAGCGGGCCGUCAGCACACUGCUCCUCAAUGUCAGCGGCAAGUUCUUCGAGUACACACUGAAAGGCGAGAUCAACUCCCGCGAGAUUCAUAAUGUGGAGCAGAAUGAUAUGCUCCGUAAGGUCACCUUUGACCCAGAGGUGUUCUUCAACAUCUUGCUACCUCCCAUCAUUUUCCAUGCUGGUUACAGCCUUAAGAAGAGGCACUUCUUCAGAAACCUGGGCUCCAUCAUAACUUACGCUUUCCUUGGCACGGCCAUCUCCUGCUUUGUUAUUGGAAACCUCAUGUACGGUGUGGUGAAGCUGAUGCAGGCGGUAGGCCAGCUCACAGAUAAGUUCUACUAUACAGACUGCCUCUUUUUUGGAGCCAUUAUUUCAGCCACAGACCCAGUCACGGUGCUGGCUAUCUUUAACGAGCUUCAUGCUGAUGUGGACCUCUAUGCGCUGUUGUUUGGAGAGAGCGUAAUGAAUGAUGCCGUAGCCAUUGUUCUCUCAUCAUCUAUAGUGGCCUACCAGCCAAGUGGAGUAAACACCCACACCUUUGAUGCCUCGGCCUUCUUUAAGUCAGUUGGUGUUUUCCUGGGGAUCUUCAGCGGAUCUUUUGCUAUGGGUGCUGUCACUGGCGUGGUCACCGCCCUCGUCACAAAGUUCACCAAACUGCACUGUUUCCCUCUGCUGGAGACGGCACUUUUUUUCCUCAUGUCCUGGAGCACCUUCUUGCUGGCAGAGGCUUGUGGCUUCACAGGUGUGGUAUCAGUGCUAUUCUGUGGGAUCACACAAGCCCACUACACAUACAACAAUCUCUCAGAGGAGUCUACCAAAUGCACCAAGCAGCUAUUUGAAGUGCUGCACUUCUUGGCAGAGAACUUCAUCUUCUCCUACAUGGGCCUGGCUCUCUUCACCUUCCAGAACCAUGUCUUUUGCCCCAUCUUCAUUAUAGGAGCAUUUAUUGCUAUCUUUAUUGGCCGAGCCUCCAACAUCUACCCGCUGUCCUUCCUGCUUAACCUGGGUCGCAGGCACAAAAUUGGCAGAAACUUCCAGCACAUGAUGAUGUUUGCAGGACUGCGAGGGGCAAUGGCGUUUGCUCUGGCCAUUCGCGACACAGCCACUUAUGCCCGGCAAAUGAUGUUCACCACCACCCUGCUCAUCGUCUUCUUCACCGUAUGGGUGUUUGGCGGAGGCACUACACCCAUGCUCUCAUGGCUACACAUCAGAGUGGGGGUAGAUCCUGAUCAAGACCUUCAACCAUGUGGAGAAAACUUCCAGGUCCUCCAAGGGGAUGGGAGUCAACAGGCCGGCCAGACUAAGACCAAGCAGGAGAGUGCCUGGCUUUUUAGACUGUGGUACACUUUUGACCACAACUACCUGAAGCCCAUCCUCACCCACAGUGGCCCUCCACUCACCACCACCUUACCAGCUUGCUGCAGCCCCCUGGCUCACUGCCUCACCAGCCCCCAAGCCUAUGAGAACAGUGAGCAGCUGCCAGAUGCUGACUCUGACCUCAUAGUGACGGAUGGUGAGCUGACCCUGAGCUACGGUGACACGGCCGUCACCGCUAACGGGGCCUCCUCAUCCUUGUCGUCAGGCACCAGGGGCCCCGACAGCAAGCGCGACGGCAGCACAUCCGAGGAGGCACUGGAGAGAGAGCCAGAUACACACGAGCAGGAGCUCCUGAGCCGCGGCACGCGGCUGGUUUUCCCCAUUGAGGACCAUGCCUGAGCCGCCCCGCCCCUGGCCCUCCCCUUGCUGCUCCCUUGCCUGCCGUCCCUCUGCCCUUGACACCUGUCUGAUGCUUCGCUCCAUGUGACCAGGCUCCCAGGACGAAGGAAGUGAAUGGCAGAGAGACUGAUGGAGAAGGUGUGGCGGCCUGGGCGGUCUGAGGGUCACCCAGGCACAAGGACUGAUGCUGCAUACUGUGAUAACUCUGUUUCUCUUUGUUUAUGUUGAAAGAGAAUAGGAAACUCCCUUAUGGAAAGUGUUGAACAGUUUUGGCCAUUCUAAGUGCAGGUUAUAUGGGGUGUGUGGUUGGUUGCAGUUGCUGUAAAAUGGAAGAAAGUGGUGUUCUUGGAGUGUCAUCAUCGAUACAGAAUGACAGUGCUGCUAAAAUCAAAAGAACCAACUACUUCCUCUAGUAGGAGAGCCAUAGCAAGUCUGACCAAAUGAGGAGAGUGAAGGCUUUGAAGUAUCAAUUCACUAUAUGCCACUCAGACUCCCACAAAUUGGCUACAAUGUAUAAUUGGCAUCUGUUUCAGUGAUGUUUAUUUUUCGCUAUACAAAUACUUCUCUGAUGGUUUAGUAUACUUAACUCUGGUUGGACGCAUUUUUAACCCAUUAAACUUCCCUCUUUCAGCAUCUUCAGCUUUAAAAUGCAAAUUACUUUUUCCAAUUUAACAAUACUUUGGAUCUGGUUGUGAGUGUGGUCUUCUGAUUUAGUCACCAGCUUCACACAUUGUCUCUGUGCUCCAUUGUUCCAGCUAGCCUAUGGUGUUUUGCAGUUUGUAUAUAUAAAGCAAAACGCCCCUAGUCACUGCUGUGUAGACACAUUAAACUAUGGCUGCAGAUAUCUGCUCAGAGCAUACAUGAUGGAGGCUCACAGCUAUGUUGUUUUGAGCACUGUUAGAUGUUGGCAUGGUGCCAGUGAUUCAGGACUCUGCCCAGUCUUUCCCCGCUGAUGACGCCCCUGUGUCAUGGCCCCUGUUGUGUUAUGCACGUCAUUCACCGCUGCUUUUCGAGCCAGCCAUUGUAAAGGUGACUGCUAGUCAUUAUUAAUAUGACCACUAAGGACAUUGUAAAGAUGAUCUCUGGACCCAUUGUAAGCCUGACCACUAUAGCCAUGAUAAAGAUGACCUGUAGAGUGUGGCUUGUCUGCAGCCUUCUCGCUGUCUGGGUUGCAGGCCCUCUGAGGCGCACACAGCUGUCCAGAAAUGGAGGCAGCCAGCUGAGCACCUUGCCUGGUUCUGGAGCAGAGCUCUAAGCACACUGCAUCUGCACAGAUCUGGGCUGAUUCUGAUCAAAAGCAGCUGGAGCUGAACUAAUGGCGCUGCAGGCAGUGGGGCUGGUGAGUGGACCAGUAGCACAAUAUGAAUGAUCCAAAAGGGGCAACUGACCAAAUACUCCAAAUGUUUAGCAGAAACAUGGAAUUUAAGUAACUGGUGAGAUUGUAGAUGGCAUGUUUGUCACUGGAUCACACUCUGUAUACCUAUUUUAAAAAAAAAACACCCACAUCCUAAAGAAGCAGCUAGAACUCAAGAUCACUGUGAGGUUUAGUUACUUGUGCAUUUUCAGUCCAAUGAUGAGUCUAAACAGAUUAAUAACAUUUGGUUUCAAAGGAAACAUUUGAAGUAAUCCAUCUUUUGAGCUCCUAUAGAUUUAAAGCUAGAACCACCCAACCUGGCAUUAUCCUCUGCUUAGCACAAGUUAAGAUGAUGCAGGCUUUCUGACUUUAAAGUAAUCUGAGUAAGGCCAGUUUGGUUCUGCUCCUAAUGUGAUCAUUAUUUUUGUCAUCAAUGCAUCCAUUGAUGCCCACUUUGUUUAAUUUAAUAUUAAUUGCUUGAAGCAAUAUCAAUUGUGAUUAAGACAUUAACCCUGAAAGAAAACACUUUGGGCUUACAUACCUCCUGAUUUUCUGUCUAGUCAAAUCAGGUGCUCUCCUUUCUUUGUAAAAUAUGGGUGAAUGACAUCAUGGCUUCUUUCCUGGACUGAACCUAGCCAGACUAUCGCACACCUGGGAGUAAACUGUGACAAUGACCACCUAUCAGCCGUGCACUGUUGCCAAAACGCCCCCACUCUGCAUGUGCUGAAGGAAGCCACUACAAAAGGAUGGCGGCAAUAGGCUCUACAUUGCACAUUCCGACCACAAUUGCGCCUCAGCAGAGAACGGCUGCCGCAGCAGGGGCUGAGAGGUCGUUGCAGAUAAUUGCACUUUGUAAUUGGUGACUCAGCUAGUGAAUUUCCUGGUGUGGAAUGAAUCAGCCCCAUCACUUUAAUGGUGAUCAGGUCCCAGCUGCAGCUAGAGAUUUUGGGGACUAUAUACAGCUGCUUCAGGCCCAUGGGAUUUUACAUCUGCUCUGAGGUAUACUGACUAUCCUUGUUUGAUUGCUGGUUUCCCUGACCGUAAUCUGAACAGAUCUGUACAUAUGUCCAAGUUAUGCUCCCACUCUCCUGUAGCUGCCAUAUAUUACCUGCUAUGUUCUGCAUGUCGGUCUCUGUUUAAAAACAAAGAUCUGUAAGCAGGGUGAUGCUUUGAAUAUCUGAUGUACCUAUAUACCAAAAUGUCCUGUAUGGCUCUGGGAGUGUUCGUUGUUGUUGUUGUUGUUAUUGUUGUUAUUAUAGAUUUUUAAAAAGCACUUGGCCUGUUUGACAACUGGUAUGCAUUGUAGUAUGACAAUUGUGCAUUUUGAAAAUAUUCAUUGUAUUGAACUGGUUUACAUAAGCAAUAUAAUAAGUGAUUUGCUUUAUGUUAUCAAAUAAAAAGUCAGUGUUUA